UUAAAGUUAAUCAAAAGUGUAGUGUUAAACCCAGUACAGAUAGUGCUUUUCUUACAGCUGUCCCUUAUAUCUGGAUUUACGACUGUACUUCACUUCGGUUUUGUGUUUCUGUCUGCAGUGACAGUGCAGCGUUCAUCUGGCUUGCAUCUCUUCAUCUUAAUCAUCAGAUGUAAAUAAAUGCAAGUGGUGCUUACAUAUAGCUGCUAUUGAGUCACAUUUUUGAGAGUCAUCCAGCUGAGAGAAAAUUACGCUUACAACUGCCAUGACUCAAGAAACACACUUCUGCUUUAAUAAACAAGAGUGGAGUGAUAUAUCUUCUGGCAUUAAUACACCAUAUGGAUACCAGCUUGACCUAGACUUUGUUAAAUACGUGGACGAUAUUGAACGGAGUGACACCAUUCGCCGACUGGAUUUUAAAAAGCGGCCGAGGGAGGCAAGCCCUGCCUCUGAGCCGCAAAGCAUCAUAAGACCCACACACUCGACAUCAUCUGAUUCUCUGUCCUCUGUAAGCAGUGAUGAGGCCAAAAAGACCUCUCUCUCCUUAUUGUCCUCUUCUGCUUCCGUCAACAGAAGAAGACCCCCACUUCCUCAUCACCAUUCCAAACCUAAAUCCUCAAAUCAAGGUCCUGAGGUUUGUAAAGGUCUAUCCGCCCAUCACAGGGAUUCGGAUGGGACACCGCCCUCAGCCACACAAAAUCUUCCCUCAACCACUUCAAAUCCUCAAGUGGAAAAGACUUUGGUAGAAACAUGCAAGCGUUUGGAACAUGAGAAAGGACCUCCAGAACCACACUCACGGCGAAGACUGGCCAGUUUUGGUGGUCUUGGCUCUAGUGGUACCCAGUCCCCUUACACUAGCUUGUGUGGCCUAAAUCAGCACCGUACCCAAGGCGUUUAUAAAGGUGCUAAAAUGACGGUCGUAGACUCAACAAGCCAAGGAACUUUGUUAGUGGGGAGCUCCCAUAAGAUCAGCCCUUCAAGCUCUGGCCGUGCAUCUCCAGUAGGCAGUGUCAGCCCGCUGCACCUGCAGAUGGUCAGGGAUCAGAUGGCAGCUGCAUUACAGAGACUAAAAGAUCUGGAGGAGCAAGUAAAGGCCAUACCUGUCCUGCAGGUGAAGAUAUUGGUUUUGCAGGAAGAAAAGAAACAACUGACCGACUUGGUCAAGAGCCAUCAUGGUCAAAAAUCCGAUCUCAACAUGUCUGAUGAAGUGAAAGAGAGCAAUAAGGAAUCAUCAGAAGAUAUGGAAGGAAGGGAGCACAGUGCCAACUCUGGUUUGAUGGAGUUCAAACAGCUUGGCGUUGAAAUGCAACUGCUUGAAAAGAAGAUCCAGGAUGCACGUAUUGAGACUCAGCAAUUCUCAAGCUUCGGAAUGAGGGAUUCAAAAUCUGUCACUGUGGGGGAUGACAAUUUUCGUGAGGGCGUUGGUGCCAAACUUCAGACAAAAUCGGUAGCUGUCAGCGUCACUGAGGCUAUGCUCGGUGUGGCGUCUGACAAAGAGAUGCAGCAACAAACCAUUCAACUUUUGAGUGACAGGAUACAAACACUGGAGGCUGAGCUUAAAGAAACAGUGUUUAAGGCAGAAAUGGGCAGGUUGAGGAGUGAAUUACAAGAAGCAGAAGCAAGGAAUCGUGCUGACAAGAGUUCCACCGCACAACCACAAGUGAAUUGCACUGCUACCCAGACUGGGUUGCAAACUCGCACUAUUGGAGUUGGAAACCACACCCACUUUGUACACUCUUGUGUUGGGGGCGGUCCAAAACAAAUUUCCAAUGAUGUUGAGGUGUCCUGCACACCUAAUAUGAGGGCUGUGUCUUCUGGCCCAGACUCACCUAUGGAAGAGUGGGAAGUUCACAAAAGAGUAGAAAGGAAAGAUCAAUGUGUAGGAAGCAUGUGCAUGCCAACUUGCAGCCAAGGCGUUGGAACUACAGUGCAAAUGUGCGAUGCUGGCACGAUUACUUUGGAGACAUCAGAGAAUAGGAGCGUCUCCUGUCAAACAGUGGGCUCCGGUAACUGCAUGGUCGAUGCAAAUGUCAAUGUGGUCAAAUUGCUAGUUUCCCAAGGAACUGUCACCGACCCAGUGCGGAGCAGUGACCUUGGUAUUAUGGCUGUCCCACAGACCACCUCACAGCGAACCAGCACAGCUGGCUGUACAGUCUCCCGUACCACCAGCACUUCCCAAGCCUGCAUAUCUGAAGCCAGCACCAACACAAAACACACACUGACCAGAGAGAGACAUACCAACACACCACACACAAUCUUUCGAUCUUUGGCGGUUGGGGAUGGAAAGGUUUGUGAUCAGGUGCGGUCUUUCAACAAGUCCAUAGAAAGAAGCAUGAUUACUACUGGUCCACCUAAGGUAAUGACACGUGACAUUGGUAUUGGAUUUACAAAUAUUAAUGAGAACACUCUGAUUGGGCUUCGUUCACGGAACAUUGCAUGCGGCCCUUCCUGGUUGCCAGAUCCUGUCAAAACACGUACCAUUGGUGUAGAGGUGGGGGACGGGAGGAUACGUGAUGCGGAAGGGUUGCAGAUAUAUCCACAACCUGAACCUGGACUUGAUCAUUACAUAGAUCGCAUGCAACGAUUACUUAAAGAACAGCAGGACCUGCUGACCGACAACCAGCCUGGAUCAAAGAAUGAGGUCACACUUCAGUCUCCUGGUCAGUUAGAUACACAAGUUGAAGUCGUUGGACAAGGCCAGACUCCAAAAGUGGAUGAUCGCUCAAAGAUUAAUCAGAAAAAUCAGAUGGAGCUACAGAUGUCGGCUGCUCUUCAUGGCCAACCUAGUGAUGAUCGUUGUCUCAGGUCCAUCAUGAAAAGAAAAAACUCACAUCCAAAAUCCACAGAUGGUGUGAAUGUCCCUGCACCUGCACCCCAUGGAGAUGUAGGGGUUUCUAGGGAUGAAGAGAACAAAAAUGGAGAAAAGAGGCAUAAGGAAGGCAGUGCCAAAGUGAAGAUUUCAAAGAAAGAGAGGUACAAAUUUAGUGAGAAGAUGCAAUCUGCCUGCCAAACACUGGAGGUCAAUCUUCGUGGCAGUAAAGUCAUAUCCAACAGAGAACUGCGCUUCAGUCUCAACACAGUUCAGCAGGAGUGGUUCUAUGUGUCCAGUCAGAAGAGAGCUUGCCCACAGAUCGUAGAGGACUUUCUCUUUGCCUGCCGUCUUGUCUCACCGGAUGUGCUUUGCUAUGUGGCCAAUAUGGCAGACCAAAAUGGAAACACAGCCCUUCACUACAGCGUGUCUCACUCCAAUUUCAGUGUAGUAAAGAUUCUGCUAGCUGCAGGGGUGUGUAAUGUAGACCAUCAAAAUAGGGCUGGAUAUACUCCUAUAAUGCUUGCUUCUCUGGCCGCUGUGGAAAUGAAAGAAGAAAUGAUGGUAGUGCAAGAUCUUUUUAGCAAAGGAGAUGUAAAUGCAAAGGCCAGCCAGGCUGGCCAGACGGCUCUUAUGCUGGCAGUCAGUCAUGGGCGUAUAAAUAUGGUGAGGGCUCUGCUGGCUGCUGGAGCAGAGGUCAACAUCCAGGACGAUGAGGGUUCGACCGCACUUAUGUGUGCCGGUGAACACGGUCAUGCAGACAUUGUCAAACUUCUACUGGCUCAGCCAGGUUGUGAUGCCACGCUGACUGACAAUGAUGAUAGCACAGCUCUGUCUAUUGCUCUGGAGGCUGGACACAAAGACAUUGCUAUGCUUCUUUAUGCCCAUGUCAACUACUCAAAGGGUAGUUCAAAUGUCAUGGGAUCUCCUCGAAGCAAGACUCCACCUCGCAUAAACUCUUCUGACUGAUUUCACAUUACCCAUUUCAGAAUUACCCAUUCAGUCGAAUGAGAUGAGUAUGAUAGAUUAUAUUUGCAAAUAUUUGUUAUUUUAGAGAGUGCACUCAGUAUGUACUUCUGUAUAUCCAAAUGUAUUAUUUUCUUGUUCUUUACUGACAGUUAAAAAUAUUUUUCCCGGGUAUAAACAUCCAGCUAUGCAAUUUAACAAUAAAAUUAAAGGCCUUUGUUUUAAUUUUGGCUGUGAAGGUUACACUUUAUUAGAAAACUGCAUGUUUCACAUAUUCUAUUUGGGAACAGGUAAAACUAUUUUAUAUAUAUAAAAUAGUUUUAUUUUAUUUUAUUUUAUAUUAUUAUUGUUAGUCCUCAUUUUAAUUUUCUUGUAUUAUAUAUUGCGUGUAGAUUUUUUUAUCUAAAUAUUUCCAAAUCUUAUCAUUGUAAUUGUAAAUAAAUUAUU